CAGGGUAAUCUGGACACGGAGAUCUCGCCCUGCCUAGACUUCUGGAGCUAUUCUUGUGGGGGCUGGCUGGAGGACAACCCUAUCCCCGUUACCAGGUCCAAGUGGUCCAUCAAGGAGAAGCUCAGGCACCAAGCACUGUCGGAGGCGCGGGAGCUACUGGACACGAUGAACGAACCGGACGACGUCAACAGCGUGGAGUGGAAGCUCAAGACCUUCUACUCCUCCUGCAUGAACGUCCGCUCCUUUAUGAAGACCGGCCUAGAGGUCAUCACCCGCGAGAUUAACACCAAACUGAAUGGCUGGACACUGAUGAGGGAGACGUGGGACAGGAGGAGGUGGGAAUUCGACGAGGUGUUGACUCGUCUCCACGCUGAGUACGGUGUCACCCCCUUCUUCCAGGUGACCGUAGUGCCCAACCCUCGCAGUCACGGCCACAACAUUAUCAAGUUGUUACCGUCGGGGUUCUCUAUGCCUCACCGCAGCUACUACGACCGUAUGCCAAACAAUGAGGUCGAGCAGACGUAUAAACAGUACAUUAAGGAUACAGUGAAGCUCUUUGAAGCCAGUGGACCGGACGCUCUCGAGUUUGCUGCACAUCUGUACCACUACGAGGGCCGCAUUGCUGAGAUCACUCCUCCAGAGACCAUCCUGAGGGACCCACAGGCUUCCAAUAACCUCAUAUCCAUCGGUGAACUUUCUCAGAUUGCUCGAAGUGUGCCUUGGCUUGCUCUCCUGCGCCAAAUGUUCCCAAACAGUAAACUGGAUCACAGAACAGAUGUAUUGGUCGUGUCACGGGAGUACUUCAGUGAUGUCUCCGAACUCAUCUCCACAACUGACAGAAAUCUGCUGAACAACUACCUGGUCUUCAGCUUUGUGGCAGCGUAUAUACCGUACUUGUCAUCUGAAAAUACACGAGUUUUGGACCUUUACCGCAAGGAUUUUACAGGACUUAAAGAGCCCAUGGAACGGUGGGAGUUUUGCAUCCAGUCAACAGCAAAGUUUUUCAAAUUUGGUCUAGGCUCCAUGUAUGAGCGUAGCCCUAACAGAUACCGCUCACGCCAGAAGAACUCACAAGUUUUACAUGAGAUAUUUGAUCAGAUCCGCUACACCUUGGGGUCCAACCUGGCCAACAGCAGAUGGUAUCCUUUAGAAAUUAAAGCUCAACUGACUUCCAAGCUCAACAACAUGUCCUUGGCAGUUGGUUACCCAGAGCGCCUCCUGAACCCUUCAGUGAUAAAUUUCUACUAUGAAGAUUACACAAUUUUCAUCAAGGACUUCUUCCAAAACCUGCAGGACUCAAUUAGAAGCGCUGGACGGCAGAUGGAGAUGCGGCUGAUAGACCCGAUGCCUGAGAGUGACUGGAUGGAUGUCUUAUCAACAGAUUCCAUCACCUAUAUACAUGAAGCUAACAAGAUAGUUAUACCACCACACUUGCUCAAUCCUCCACUCUUUCAUCGCAAUUAUCCUAUGGCGAUGUUGUAUGGAAGCAUGGGAGUACAAAUAGCACACGAAAUGUUACGAGCCGUUGAUUCUGUUGGCCUUUCCUGGAAUAGCAGAGGACAACUUGCAGAGCGAACGGUGUAUACAAACAGGUCAUUGGACAACCUAAGAGGGAUGGCAGACUGCAUAGCUUCUGCCACAAUGGAUCUGGCCAUAGAAAAAGAUGCAGUUGUAGACAGAACAGCUCCUGAUACUGCCUCAGAGGUUGAUGCUGUCCGGCAGACAUACCAGGCCUACCUCUCCUUGAUGAAGCUGCAGACUCAGCCCUUACACCCAAGCUUUGAGAGUCUCAACACUACCAAUAUAUUUUUCAUGGCAUAUGCUGGGAGCAUAUGUUCAGAUGUUACUCUACAACAGGAGGACAUAGAGCGAACCUGUAAUCCUUCUCUGAUGAAUAAACCAAGGUUGGAAGCCGUGUUGUCUCAACUACCGGAGUUCAGUCAAGUAUUCUCGUGCUCGCAGGAGUCCCGUCACUUUCCACACCGGCUAUGUGCUCAGCUCCACUGACCUUCACAGUACCCGUAUCUUUUAUCUCUGUGACUGUAGAGUUCAGAAGUGUUGAAAGGUUUGGUAGAUGAGUGACAAGCACAACUAUAGUGAUGUCAAUUUCUAUGUUGUACCUCAUACAGACACAUUCAUCUGUUUAAUGUAUCAUUUAUAUCUAUUGUAAAGUUUAGUUUAAAGGAAUAUCUGAAUGUUUUCAAAUUUCUUCUCCAUUAAUGAAAUGGUUAAAGCAAAAGUUUCUAAAAUAUUUGUUUUUGUUUUCGAUAAAUUUGCUCACUGGUUGUGUAGCACUAUUUAUGGACACGUUAUGGACACAAGAAAUUGUUAAAACAA